AUGUCUAAAAGAUUUGGUAAAAAGUUAUCUGAGGAGUGUGCAAAGAAAAUCAAGAAAUUGGAAGAGAAUAGAAGUCUCAGGACACAUAGUUUAGUGAAAUAUGAAAAUACUUGUACAGCUCCAGGGCCAAGUGCACCUGUUAGUGAUGUACAGGCACAAGGGUCAGGACAAGACUUUACACCUGGUCCAAGGUUGUCACAAGACUUCUAUGAUCAAGACAGCAUUACUUUAGCCAAGGCUUUGUUAGGACAAAUUGUUGUUAGAGUGGUGGAUGGUGUUCGUAUAACUGGAGCCGUUGUGGAGACUGAGAGUUACUUGGGUGGCCCAGAUGUAGCCUCCCACAGUCACAAUGGCAGAGAAGCCAGAACAGAGCCAGUGUACAUGAAACCUGGAACAUCAUAUGUCUACUCAAUUUAUGGAAUGUAUUACUGUUUCAACAUCUCAAGUCAAGGUGAUGGAUCCUGUGUUCUCAUAAGAUCAUUAGAACCUUUAGAGGGGUUUCAGAAAAUGGGCAGGUCGAAACCAGGGCGUAAGAACACAACACCACUCAAAAUUCAUGACUUGUGUAAUGGACCAUCAAAAAUUUGUCAAGCACUACAUCUUAAUAAGGACUCCAGCAACAAGGUGGACCUUGCUGAAUCAAAAUUCUUCUGGUUAGAACAAGGUAAAUCUAUUCCUGAGAACCAAGUAAUAGUUACCAAGAGGAUUGGUAUUGACUCUUGUGGUGAAGAAUGGGCAAAUAAGCCACUUCGAUUUUAUGUGAAUGGUAAUAAGUGUGUAAGUGUCAGAGAUAAAAAAGCAGAGAAUAUAUUUUAAGUACAUGUAUUAUUAAACAAUUUAUUUUUACUUGUACAAAUUUAAUUACUGCUAUGUAUAGAACAUGUGAAUGAUGAUUGAACUAGUAAUAUACAUCACUAGUUUUGUGGGAGAAUCAAAAUGGAGUAAAUAUCAAUUAUGGAGUACGAGAGAUUUUACCAUUACAGUGACCCCUCGUUUACUUAACUCAAUCCGUUCCAGGUCGUU